UCCUAUAAAAAAAAGGCAUUUCGGUGAUAUUGCACUUUAAUGAUGCGACCUACAACUAAUCAGAAUUUUUGUUAUUAAAGAAAUCAUAAAAACAACGCAGCGUUUUCUACAGAGGAGCGCGCGAGAGGCGGGCCGCAUCCGGAAUGCAUCGCUGUCCCCUACAUUAGUGCACUGCGUAGGGUGUGAAAGAGCGGCUCGUGCGCCCUACGCAGUGCACGAGAUGUCCAACGGAGAUGCAUUUGGUGGCAGGAGACAGAGAGAAUCGGAGCGAUAACGGAACUCCUCCAUUGUUUUCGUGCACAUUCCUGUCCUCACAGCGGGGCGCUCCGUCCGCCUCGCGCAUUGGCUGAGCGCAGAGCUGAACUCCGGGAGCGCCUGCAGCGGCUCUGCCUUGUAUUUUUAGCUCGGACUGUGUGGUGAGCAGUGCGCCGGUGCUCUGCGUGGAAACUGCAGCAGCAGCAGCAGCAGCUCGUCCCCCGUUCAUCGUCAGCAUCCAGCUACGGAUUGGACGCAGUAACACGCAGCCUGCGUGAGCGCCGAGGCAGUGCGGCGGGGAAUCGGGACAACGCCGAGGUAUUGCGCGGACUUUCUAUAGGAAAUGGCCAGUGCUGACGAGGGCUCCAGUUCCCGUCCGGAUCACCACGAAGCCACCGAAUGCAGCUCGGGACCUGCAUUUCAGGAGGCGCAGAAAUGGAUAGAGGCAGUGACGGGGAGGACGUUUGGCGAGAAGGACUUCAGGAGCAGUCUGGAGAACGGCAUUCUACUGUGCGAGUUGCUGAGUUCCAUCAGACCUGGACUUGUGAAGAAGAUUAACAGACUCCCGACCCCCAUCGCAGGACUUGAUAAUCUCACCAUGUUCCUAAGGGGAUGUGAGGAGUUAGGACUAAAGGGAUCACAACUGUUCGACCCAGGAGACCUGCAGGACAUGUCCAUACGCGCCAACUUAACAGGUUCAGAUUGCAGUCGGAAGCUGAAGAAUGUACUGAUCACUAUUUACUGGCUGGGCAAGACAGCGAAUGGUUGCGCGUCAUAUAGUGGUCCAACGCUCGACCUAAAAGAGUUCGAAGGUCUUCUGUCGAUGAUGAGGAAGGAGUGUGUGAAUGAGGAGCCUGAGUCCCCUAAGCGCAGCGUACGGGACAGCGGAUGCGUGGACAAUUGGGAAUCGGAACAUUCGGAUUCGUUGUCACCUCCGAGGCACAGGCGAGAGGAUUCCUUCGACAGCCUGGACUCCUUCAGCUCGCAGUCACAACCCACACCUUCCCCCGAUACUGUGCUCCGUGCUAGCACUGAUGAUUUGGAGGGAGAUCACAGGAAGGUGCCAGAUGUGCUGAAGGACGACAUGUCCGCCCGCCGUGUCUCUUAUAAAGAGCCUCGCGCUGCGCUGCCGUUUAAUCAGUACCUCCCCAACAAGAGUAAUCAAAGUACCUUCGUACCUUCUCAGCUGAGGAAGAGGAGGAGCGAACGGGAAGAAGAGCGCAGGAGUGGCAGCACCUCCACCUCGCCUAUUAGCGAGAUGCCUCUUACCCUCAACUCCCAGAAAACCGUGACCUGGGCAGUUGCUGUGGGGGCGGAGCCUCAGCUGGAUGAGGCAGAACUUCAGAAGAUGAGAAAGUUAGAGAAGGCGGGUAUUAAAGUGUUGCCUGCUUCUGUGCGACACUGCAGCCCUAAGGUGCCUUCCAUAGAGUCCUUUCAGGCUAAAUCUCCAUCACCUGACAUCAUCCGUCAAUGUGAUAACAGCCUCCCUCGGGCUGAACACGCCCACGAGUGGAACGAGGAGGACGACGAGGAGGACGAGGAAGGAGACAGAAAGGUCCCAGAUAUCCGAAAGGAUGACCUGGCUUCCCGCAAAGCACGGAUGAACCAACCGAAACCCAGCGCCGCGCAUCAGUUCCUGCCGAGCACGUGCAGCACAAAGGACCGCGAGCGCUGGGAAGGAAUCCGGCUUUCCUCCCAGCAUGCCGUGCUGGAGAUGUUGGAGAAGAUGGAGCAGGAGAAGAAAAGCGACUCCGCCUCCGCCUCCACCUCAGCUGAGGCCUCCAUUGUAACCCGCAAGCACAACCCCUUCCUCAGUCCUCACGGGAAAAAGAAGGCUGAGGAGGAAGAAAGCGACGAGGACAAUAACAAGGGACGAACCAUUGUCCCAAAUGUACAGAAGGAUGAUCUUGCUAGGAGGCGAACUCAAACUGGGUCCCUCCCCCAAAGGGAUCCUCGUCAGUCAUUGGCUCAGACGAAUAUCACUCAAUCCGACCUCGAGAAGUGGCAGAGGCUUUCGAUGACCAUUGAAAACAGUGAAGCGGCUCCAGCUGAAGUGUCAAUCAUAACUCGUAAGGACAACCCCUUCCUGUGCCCCGAGAAAGCAAGGGAGAAAGAGGAUGGUGAGGAUGAUGAGAAAGAGACUGAGGGAAACCGACAGGCCAUUUUGCCUAACGUACAGAAAGAUGAUCUGGCAAGGAGGCGGAGUCAGACUGGGGCCCUCCCACUCUGGGAUCAUCAGCAGGCAUUGGCCAUGACUCAGUCAGACCUGGAGAAGUGGCAGAGACUGCAGAUGAGCACAGACAACAGUGACUCGCCCCCUCUGUGUCAGUCCUGCCGCGCCGCCUCCUCGCUGAAGGUCGCUCUCAGCGACCCGGCUCGUUGCCGGGGGCGUUCCCGUGGCGACCGCAAGCGCAUUGUGACGUUCGGGGGCGUGACUAAGAUGGAGAGCGUUUCCUGGGAGGAGGAAAGGCAGGAGGAAGAGGGUGGGAAGGAUGAGUCAGAGACGCUGCGACGCCUCCUCUCCUCAGCAACUGUUGCCAUGCCCACCGCUGGGAUGAGCUCAGGGCGAGAGAGAGAUGGAGGCAUCCCGUCGCCACCCCUCAAGUCCCCGCAGCCCUCUAUUUCUGACCCCAGAUACCCUUUGAACCUUGCCGAGCGUGAGGCUCUUGAGCUGAGGCUGGCUGAGAAAGCGAGGGAUGAGAAGGAGUACGAGGAAGAGGAAGAGGAGGAAGAAAAAGAAAGACAGCCUGAUUUACAGAAGGAUGACAUGAUGGCCCGGCGGACCGGAGCGUUUCAGAAAGCAAGCGGAAAAGGGUACAAUCGGUUCCUCCCGCUGCCUGGCUCUAAGAAGGAAACACGUCCAGCUGAUUCGGCACCGAAAGAGAGCAAGAGUGUAUCCAGAGAUCCGUUCUUGGAUAGAAAUAUAAAAACAAAGCGGUUCAAAGUGGGACAGAGAGUUGAACAGGUAAAACCUGACCCAAAGAUACCGUCAUCUGCCGCCCAAAAGGAGCCAGAAGUUCUUGGUCCAGUUUCAACCGGUGUCGUUCGUUGUGACAGUUACAAUGAUCCUGAUAAUGAGGAUGAGUGUAAUGGUGGAAGUGUGCUUCCUAGCGUGGAGAAAGAUGACAUGCUUGCAAGAAGGACAGGAUCCUACCAAAAACCGAGCGGGAAUCAGUUUAAUGCCUUUCUGCCUAAACCUGGAGGUGUCCAGGGCAAAAAGAAGCCUGCGAGGGAGCAAUACCAGGCAAACCUCAAAACCAGCGGUCAAGAUAAGGAAAAUACACAGGAGAGUAACCAUGGCUGCAAACUCAGCCCCACUCCUAGAUCUGUGACCCCGCCCCCAGCAGAUGUUGAUGACUUGCCUAGAAAAUGCCCUCAAAUUCUGGAUGGGCAGAAAGCAGACACUGUGGGCAUGAUGGGCGGGGAAAUUCAUGUUGUGGGCGGGGCCCAGGCACAAAGCCCUUUACCUGACCCUGAUGCACGGCACACAUUUUGCCUGGAUGAUGAUGUUUUCCCCCUGACAUUCAGUCACAAGGCUUCUAGUGUUUCUGAUGAAGCUGAGAGCAUCAGUUUGAUUGACAUGCGUGAUGAAGAGGAGGACGUGGACUCACUGUCACCUCAUAGCCAAACACGACACGAGAGACUGCACAACCAGUACAACAAACUCAAAGAGGAGGAGGACCAGUGGCAGGAUGACUUAGCUCGGUGGAAGAAUCGUAGGCGGAGUGCCUCUCAGGACCUUAUCAGGAAAGAGGAGGAGAGGAAGAUGAUGGAGAAAAUGAUGACGUCAGAAGGAGGUUCUCAUCGCAGGAAGAGCAUCAAAACUUACAAAGAGAUUGUGGAGGAGAAGGAGCGUCGAGAGCAGGAGCUGCACGAGUUAUACUGCCAAGCCGCGACUCCAGAGGAAAAAGCAGCCAUAUUACAGCGCUAUGCUCUCCGCUUCACCAUCAGCGACGCCAUAUUGGAAAAACUCCAGCUUCCAAAACUCCCUUCUGUUGCGACACUCCAGUCUGCGCUCGCGCUGAAAGAAGAAGCCGAAUUUUCCGAGUCAUUCGGGGACAUAGAAACAGAUUCCAGUGAGCAGAAUCUGAAAAAGAUAACACACAGUAUAAUGUCAGUCAGUCAACUCAGCACACCAGAUUUAUCUCCUAUUCAAGACUCUAGAACUCCAGAAAAUACAGAAAUACCACUUUUACCAGCACAAGAGUCCAAGGCGACAGAAGUCCAACUAUCUCCAGUUCGAGACUCCAAAACAUCAGACGUCCAACUAUCUCCAGUUCGGGACUCCAAAACAUCAAACAUCCAACUUUCUCCAGUUCGGGACUCCAAAGUGACAGACAUCCAACUUUCUCCAGUUCGAGACUCCAAAACAUCAGACGUCCAACUUUCUCCAGUUCGGGACUCCAAAACAACAGACGUCCAACUUUCUCCAGUUCCUGACUCCAAAACAUCAGACAUCCAACUUUCUCCAGUUCCUGACUCCAAAACAUCAGACAUCCAACUUUCUCCAGUUCCUGACUCCAAAACAUCAGACGUCCAAGUUUCUCCAGUUCGAGACUCCAAAUCUCCAGACAUCUCCAGCUCACCUUCCCUUGUCUUCAAAACUUUAGAAGCGCCUCUUUCUCCCCUCAGAACACCCCAAACACCUGACUUUCCUAUCUCACCUGUACGGAUCCCACCUGCUCCAUCCAGACCCGUGCCUUUACUAACACCGAAACCAUACAGCCAGCCCAAAUUUAAUCAGCCUUCUAAUAAACAGGUUAAGAAUGAUGGCCUGGUGCGUGUUAACGGUGACUCCACCGUAGAGGACACAAGAGAAAGUCCAGUGAGACCUGUGUCCUUCAUCCCAGCACCACCGAAACCAAGUCCUCAACAAAUGUCAGAAAUCUCAACAGGAAUUGUAACCCCAGCUCAGGAGAGCACUCAGACUUCAUCCAUUCAAAAAACCGAACAAGUAAAUGACCCUCACGGCAGCAGUCCGGUUAAAGAGAAGACAGAGGACGAGACGUCCAAAUCUGAUUCAGAGCUAACAGGAAAGCAGACCGACCCGGAUACCGCAGUGAAGCACAACUGUGUGGUGAAGACCACCAUCUUGACAGAGCUUCGAGAAACACGUUCACUCCCCACACUGGCUACUCCUAUCACUGACCAGAUGAGCUAUUCAGAUGGAUUAGACCUGAAAUCUGACGACAAUUCCUUCAGUGAGUCCAGAAAGGCUGACGUUACCUCUUACUCACUUACUCUGUCAGAGGGAUUUGACUUCACCAGCGAAUGUAUCGAAACCCCGAUCUUGAACCUUGCAAAGAGGGUCAAUCACUGGACGUGGGACCCUAACGAAGAGCGUAAGCGGCAGGAGAGGUGGCAGCAGGAGCAGGAGCGCCUGCUACAGGAGAAAUACCAGCAGGAGCAAGAGAGACUGAAGCAGGAGUGGGAGAAAGCUCAGAAGGAGGUAGAAGAAGAGGAAAGGAAACACCACGAAGAGGAGAGACGGAUCUUGGAGGAAACGGUGACCCCGCUGACCCCGCACUCAUCCACCGGGGUGACAGAAGCACUGUCCACUUCCACAACCCCUCACGACACCAUCGUGUUGUCGUUGGCUGACUGGGAGAGAAAGCAGGAAAUGCUGGAGAAAGAGGCGAAGAUGAACCAGAGAAAUGGUUUAGAGCACAGGGCUGAUGAGACUGAAGCGGCAUCGCCUCCACAGCAGAAAGACCAGAGAGCAGAACUUCAGGAGAGUCAGUCAGCUACCCCACAGCUGCAGUUCACACAGGAUGGGUCAUGGAGCUGCAAAUCAGAGAGCAGACAGGAGUGGAAAAAAACAGCCUCCCUGGACAGGAAUGUGACCCCUACACAGACUCAGCCUCCCAAGAUGAGGAGGUCUGGGUCAUAUGAAAAUAUUUUAGGGAUACACACAUCUCCAUCAUCACAAGACACAUCACCCUCAUCUUCAGACAGGUCAGUGAGUGCAAAGAAGUUGUGCUCCAGCUGUGCACAACCGCUGGGGAAAGGAGCCGCUAUGAUCAUUGACACUUUGGGUCUUUACUUCCACAUCCAGUGUUUUAAGUGUGGUGUGUGUAAAGGGCUGCUCGGUGAGACGAGCACAGGAACCGACGUCCGGAUCAGGAACGGUGUCCUCAACUGUCAUUCGUGCUACAUGAAAUCUCGUGCUGCUGGUCAACCCACAACGUUAUAAAGCCUUUUCUUUCUUUUUCUUUUUUUUGCACCUGAAUCGAUGAGAAACUGGAUCAUUUGCCAAGCCCUCAGAAAGCGGGGCCAUCUUCAUCAUGAACACUUAAUUACACAUCGUUAUAUUUCAAAACAUCUCAACAACAAAAACAAAAACAAAGAAGCACAAACACACCUUUUGACUCAGACUGGAAUGUCGUUUGGAUUUCGGGUGAUAUUUCUGUGUAAAACUUAACAUUUCUGUGGAAAAAAAAAAUGAAACAAAACAACAAAAAAAAAAAGGGGGCAAUAAUUUGAACCUUCACGCGCAUGCGCAUGCACUCGGUAGUAACAAGUCGCUAGCUUAACGAACAGAACUCGUGGAACUUUCCGCCACGUGCACAACCUGGGUAGAUCAAUUACCAAUUAACAACAGCAAAAUUUUACUUUUUAACUUGAACUAACCUUACGAUUUAGACGUGAGAGACGUGUGGCUGUUGCGUAUUUACAUCAGCGGUUUUUGCACUUUAGACUUUUUGAAUCUACGAGCCUUCAGCCACUGACCACAAAACCUUUUCGGGAAGAAACACAAAGAUAAGCGUAUUAAGCAAUGAUUAUUUUAAAACCUUUAUCUGUUUUCGCUUAGAAAUGUAGAAAGACUGAGAACCUGUUCGGCUUCCUAGCAGACCUCGAGUGCACUACCCCGGGGCCAUCUUUUUUUUUGGCCUGCGUAGUGCACUUAGCGGAAGUAAGUAGGAGGUCGAUUAGGAUGAUUGCAAUUCUAAUUACGGCUGAGUCCUAAACGGCUUCUCAGACGGCGUAGUGCACUAUCGAGCGUGUAAAGUAAAAAGAGACGGCUGAAUAAUUCAGAAAAUAAUUUUCCUUUCACGCACUACAGAAGGUCUAGACGUCUGUAGGUCAUCCCAUAUCCCCUACACCCUAUGUAGUGCACUUCUGUAGGUAUUGGAAAGCCGUUUAGGAUUCAGCCAGAGAUAAUGUCUUGGUUUGUUAACUCAAGGUUUUUAAGUUAAUUGUAGUGUUGGACUGUUUUACGAGUAUUUCCUCUCUUUUUUUUUUCUAUUUAUGUCCUCUUUUGUUUAUCAUUCAUCUCAUUUCGUCCUAAUGAUAGUUUGCUGUUUUUUUUUUUUUUUAAUGCAUGAUGUUUGAAGUCUCAUAAAUUACAGAUAAAUAUCGAUUAUUAUUAUUAUUAUUAUUAUUAUUAUUAUUAUUAUUUCCAUCAUGGCGUUUUUUUCACCGUCGCUUGCUGGAGAAAGAACAAGACUGUCAUGUUUUUUUGUUUUUUUGCUUGUUUUUUUGGGGGAGGGGGGAGAUUUCUGUCUAUUUUUCCAGACAGUUGUCGGUCAUAUCAGUGUCCAUGCCGUGCCUUAAUUAUGACCUGCACACUUGGUGGAGGAUGUGAGGUCGUGUGUAUGUGUAUGCAACAUCCAAAGCUUUGUAGAGCGAUUUCACUUUUAUUUUAUUUUGCAGCACACAUUUAAUGUACCGCAGGAAAUAUAUAUACUGAGUAAAAAAUUCUGGCUUAAGCCCAUUGUGUUUAGUCUGGAUAACAGUAAAGUGUUGAAUUAACUCUUAAGGUAUUGCUAAUCUACACACGGCGAUUCAUCUCGUCUCAGGUUAAUUCAACACUUCAGUUCUCGAAGUUUUUAUUUGACUUAUCUUUAUAAGUUACAUAGUUGGACAAAUCAGGAACCUGUUAGCGGGACACUAGGACUAGUAAAGGCUCUGUGUUUUGUUGCCCGGCAACAGGCUGCGUCUCAAUUCAGUAGUAUUUCAGUUUUAGGGCACUGAUCAGGGAGGCGUACAUUUUUUAAUCGUAAACCCCACCCUAAAAAUCCCACAAUGCAUCACAGAAAUCAGGGGGACAUUGAUGAUCAUUAUGGUGUUAAUGACAUGAAAUCUCUCAGCUCUAAAUAAAUAGAUAAAUAAAUGAGGCUAGUUUGUCUACAAGUGGAACUAGCUUUUCUAUGUAUAUUCUAUAUUGGGUGAAUCUAACUACUGUUUCAUGAUUAAAAUUAAACGCCCACUAGCUAACCUACGAUCCCGAUGAAGGUACCGUGACAGAAACGUGUGUGAUUAAGCUAACAAAAGUAUAAGACAUAUAAAACUAUCCAGUGAUUGAAGAGGAAAUUAUUCAUUAGAAAUUAGUGACGGGAAAUUGAGUCAUUAGUGUCCCGGUGUCCUAACCAGUGCACAGCUCGUUCACACCGUAUAUUUAUUUACCAGCUAGGGAGCUAGAAAGCUGAUUGAGACACAGCCUGACUAUUCCAAAAAAGGCAAAAUGUGACAUGUACAGCAAGCGAGUUAGCUAGUCAAGUGAAUUAGUACAGAUGAUUAAAAGAAAGCCAUCGUUUUUACGUAUGAGGUAACGAUCGGUCCUCGCGCUUAACGUUAAACGUGUAGAGUUUGACGUCGACUCAUUUUCCUCUGUGUAUUUGGAUACACCUGUAUUUGUUAUAAAAGAUCGUGUGAUAUGCGUGCAGGUUUAUUACCCCUUCGAGUCGAGUGUGUGUAGUGCGGCAGGAGGUGGGAUUUGGAUCGAGAUACACGCGCUACAGUUACGGCGUCGAAGUAACACACCACCGUAGCUAUAGCUAACAGCCAGAAACCAUUUGUUUUGCUAACAUAAAUAAGUUUGUUUAAAUCUUUGUCCGCUGGGCAGCUACAAACACGUAUCCCAGGGCUGCUGGUUUGUCCAACCAUGUUUAAUAUUAAUAAAGGCUAACCCUCGAGCCUGAGCUGCUCUGCAAACGCAAGUCUGUUCAAAAAUAACUUUUACUUCACAUCAUUUCUGUAAAACCAGGAUGUGUCCCAAACACCGGAGUUCUUUUUAGAAUCAACCACGAGUAUUUAAAAAAUGUCUAGAGAGAAACAUAUAUACCAAGUGUGAUCAUCAUGAUCAGCUCAGCUAGUCACAAUACGUACAUUUAGCAUACGGUUAACAAGAUAUCAGUGUAGAUAGACCAUGAAACACGCUUAGCUUAUCCUUAGCGAGAGAAGAAGUGAAAAAGGUGAACGGAUGUGAUCUCGAGCUUGUUUUUUUUCAAUAUUUGCAAGCAAACUGGCGAUAAAAGUAAAAGCGUGAGUCGUUUCUAUUAAGAGCGCUGACUCGACAUAAAUUCUAGUGUUUGGGACAUGGACUGUUUCCACUUCCGUCAUGUCUGCCUUUUAUUUGCUUCGCUAAUCUCUAAUUACGAUAGAUAGAGUGGGUGAUUAGCAGGAUUAUGUAGCUGAUACGGUUUUGUUCUUCGCUGGACGCGUCACUACUCGAUCUGUAUCAGAAACACGGUUUUGUACUGAGCAUGUGCGGAAAGGCGUCCACCGGGGAUUUAUAAUACUGUAGUUAUAAUGUGUUGUUAGCAAUUUCGCGCAUGCGCAGUACAAUACAGAUCGAGUAGUGGCAGUACGUUCAAGUCCUCUUGGGAAGGUCGUAUUUACGAGUUUACGACAUGGAGGUGAAACUUCUCUUAAUUAACUAUAAGAAAAUACAGCAAGCUUUUUAAACUCUACUUCCAGAAAACCAAGAACUAAAUAUUCAUCAUGUGCGCUUUGCUUUUUUUAAAAAAAUAAACAAUUUAAGCCAGCUUUAUAUCGUGGUUGUACAACGCUAGUGUAUUUAUGUGCAGGUUAUUGGCUUGUUAACGUCACAUUCAUUGAUUCCACCGUGUUUUCUAAAUGACACGCCCCCCCCCCCCAACUCGGAGCUCUAAGAAAAUCCCGAGUUUCUCCACUCGUAUUUUAGACUUUGUGGUGGCGUUUCUUGUGCAUUCAACUCGUAAAUGCGAUCUUUCCGACUUGACUUGAGCGCACCAUCAGAGAGGAAUGGAGUUGUUGUUGAAAGUGACCUGGUGAAAGCUCGAUAUUUAUUUGAUCAUCUUAGGACGACAUAACGAACCCGACAAACCCUCCAGAAGCAGUGGGUUUUAUAGCAAGUGUAUGUUUAUAUAAAUAAACUAUUUUAAAUGUA